UACAUUACAAAAUAAUGGAUUUGACAAAGAGCUGUACCAAUAGAAGAUACAAAAACUACUUAUAUAUUUAUGAUAAAUGCAUAUUGUAAGAAAAUGAAUACAUUUGGGGAGAAAAUUGAAGACUAUGAAAUAUUAGAACAUCUUGGUAAAGGAGGAUUUGCACAUGUUUAUCGUGCAAGAUGUCACAGAACAGGUAUUUUUGUUGCGAUAAAAAUGAUAGACAAAGCACUAAUGGCAAGUGCCGGAAUGAUUGGAAGGGUUCGCCAAGAAGUAACUAUUCAUUCUCGUCUUAAACAUCCAGCUAUACUAGAGUUAUACACAUUUUUUGAAGAUGUACACUAUGUUUACUUGGUAUUAGAACUAGCACACAAUGGUGAAUUAGCAAAACACUUCAAGCUAGGGACUCGUGGACUAUCUGAAAAAGCUGCAGCUGAUAUAUUCAAGCAAGUUGUUAGUGGUGUUUUGUAUCUUCAUACACAUAAUAUAAUUCAUAGAGAUUUAUCUUUGAAUAACUUACUGCUUACAAAAGACUUAAAGGUAAAAAUUGCAGACUUUGGAUUGGCUACUCAGUUAAAUGGACCUGAUGAGAAACAUGUUACAAUGUGUGGAACACCUAACUAUAUUUCCCCUGAAGUUGCUUCCAGAGAGUUACAUGGAUUACCAGCUGAUGUGUGGGGGUUAGGUUGUAUGUUAUAUACCCUUUUGGUAGGCAGUCCCCCAUUUCACACUCAGCAUGUCAAAACUACUCUCAACAAAGUUAUAAAUGCAGAUUAUAAGAUUCCCCCUGAGUUAUCACAUUCAGCACAAGAUUUGCUGCAAAAACUUUUAUGCAAAGACCCUACAAAGAGAAUAACACUAAAAGGAAUAAUGGAACAUCCUUUUUUAAUAAAUACUGGUUCAAGUCACUCAAUAACAAAGCCAGAUAUUUCAAGAGAUUCUGGGUUUCUAACAACAUUGCACAGUACUCAACAUAGUGGCAAAAUCAGAAAUGAAGAUAAAACACCUUUAGACUAUAUGAGCGUCAAAACUGAACAUAAUGUUGGCAAUUUAGUGCAACAAGACGUAUUAUUACAAAAAGCUCCAUACAAUGUUUUUUCUGGUAUGCAAGAUGGACCCUCACAGUUGUCUUUUUGUAAUAGCCAUGAUUAUAGAUUUGGUAUGAAUGUCAAUCAAAUUUCAAAGCAACAAUCUGAUUUCCAAAAACUCAUUCCAGCAUCUAGUACUUUAAUGUCACAAAAAUUACCAAAUGUUUGCAGUAAUACAGUAUUAACAGAAAGCCUAGGAAAGCCAGAUAUUAAAUGUAAUAAUUCUGGUGGUUGUAUCAGUGACAAUAAAGAAAAUGUUCCGAGAACUUGCAAUGUCAAUACCAAUACUAUUGGAGUACCACCAUUAUGUGCAGAAAGAUUACCUAAUAUUUCACAUAGAACACGAAAUGCUAUUUUAAAAAUUGAAUCCACAACUGUUAUUGUAGAAUUUAUUAAAAAGAAAGGAAAAGAUAGAGAGGAAAAGGUGGUAGAGAUAUGCAAAAUAUCUAAAGAUGGUAUGAAGGUCAUUAUUUACUCUUCAGAUAAUCAUAGAUCCAAUACACUUCAUAAUACAGACCAUGAUCCUAGUCCUGAUGAAGUGUUUUCAUACCAUAAUUUACCUCAGAAACAUUGGAAGAAGUAUUUGUAUGCUUCCAGGUUUGUUGAUCUUGUUAAAGCCAAGACACCUAAAAUUACACUAUACUCCACAUUAGCUAAAUGUCAGCUAAUGGAAAACAAUACAGACAUUGAAUUAUUUUUUUAUAGUGGAGAAAAAGUUGCAUUCACCUCAUCAGAAGGUUUAAAAAUUAUAGAUAAGAAUUUGAAAACAUAUAUGAAUCCAUCUCUUAUACCAGAUUUGAAAUAUUUAGUAGAUCAUUAUGAAGAGUGUUUCAGUAGAAUAAAUAGAAUAUUGACUGCUUUGUCAUGUAUAAGUGAUGAAUGUUUUCCUCUUAUAAUUGGAAAAAGGCCUAUUCAAAAUACUGUUAAUAAGUCUGCUUCCCCAUAUCCUACUUCUAUGAAUGGAAAUUACAAUACUCCUUUACUUAAUGUAGGUUCAUUUCAUAGAACAGCAGCUAGCUCUAGUCAUGGACUCAGUGAUUACAAUAAUAUUUGAUUCUAAAGAAAAUUUUACUAGAAAAUAUUCCACGCGGACCAGACAGCAGACGGAAUUGGAACCCACACCCUCCGCUAUCCGGGCGGAUGCACUAACCAUUACGCUACCGCGCCCCUAAUAGCCGAAAUAUUUAAUACAGUAGAACCCGCUUAAUACGAUCUCGCUGAAUACGAUUUCCCGCAUAAUACGCUAUUUUGCGGCAGUCCCUGCAACUUGAGCCAUAUUUUCAUACAUUUCUUAACGCUUAAUACGAUUCGUCAUCCCGUUUAGUACGCCUAAAUACACGUACCACACAUAUUACCUCUUGCGAUUGACGUUCUUCCAUUGAUGACAAUGUGGCACCGUACCAAAUUUAAUCAAAUCAAGGUCUUAUUGAGAACGUGAAAUAAGAAGAGGCCCUAAGUGAUAAUGAUCAAGAAGAAGAUGAAUCAACUCCGAUUUUGUCACACGCCCAGGCAUUAUCAGCAGUCAAUGAUUUAAGGCGCUAUGUAACUUCUUUGAAUCAAAGCAAAGACGCACUGCAAAAGUUUAUUUACGUGAAUAUUUUUUAAUUGCUAAUGCCUCAAAAUCUUUUUGUCAAACUAAAAUAAGUGAUUAAUUUUUAAUUAAUCUAAUACGAACGUAAUAAUAAUACACUAUUUUUUAUAACGUACAUAAUUCGUAAAUAUUGUACAUUUAAUACCAAAUUCCCACAUACCUACAUUCGAAAUUUCCCUAUCCCGCAAUCCCGCUUAAUAUGCUUUCCCGCUUAAGAGGUUUUUGGUUGAGUUCCUGUGAAAUCGUCUUAGACGGGUUUUACUGAUUAAGUAAAAGUAUUCAAUUGACAUUUUGGGUUACCUACAAUGCGAAGAGAUGGCGCUGCUUUGCAGCCUUAAGAAAUACUAGAGGAAUUUCGACAGGCCAUUAGGGCCGCGGUAGCAUAAUGGUUAGUGCGGGAGGAGAGUGCGGGUUCGAUUUUCGUCAGCUGCCUGGUUCGCCUGAAUUUUUUUCUAGUAAAAUUUUCUUCAAAUUUGAACACCUCUAGCAGAUAAAUGUUAAAAAUAAUAAAUAUAUUAAUAUUUGAUACACAUUAUUUUCAACAAAUUCAUUAUGAAGGCUCUUAUAACUCUUGGUUCUCUUUUGGCGGUAUCGAGAUUAUACAGUUCAUUAUGUAUAAUUAAUUAUUUUUAAUAAUAUUAGCAUAUUUAAUCCAUAGUUUCUAAUUUAAUAAAUUGACUACCAUCUAUUACUAAUAGAUUUAAUUGAAAUUUUGAUUAAAUAAUAUUCUAUGCAUCUUCUUCUUUGAAUUAAUUGCACCUUUCAUUAAUUAGGAGCUUUCCAUAUGUUCGUGGCCUACCUCUAUAAAAAAAUGGCGACACUUCACAUGACCACAUUAUUUGCUGUUUGUCAUUUUGAAAAAGUGAAGAGGAAGGAUUUGAAAAGGAGAGCCUGUUGUCAAGUUCACAAAUAUCAAAUAAGAAUAGCCAUGUAAGGUAGGUAGGAUCGUUUAGGAUCGGAUGUGACCUAAAGCCAAAACGCAGAAGCUCCGACUUCUUGUGGCGGUCGAAACUGCGUCAGGCGUGGCGGUCGCGUUAGAGCGGGAGCACACGAUGCAUUGCGGCGGCGCCGGCGCC